GAACUGAAUUCGUCUCUCUUAGUCGAAGUAGCGGGGUUGCAUAGACAGAGGGAGCUUUCUGUGCAGAGCAUAAAACGUAAACAUCCACACUAAAGACUUGAGUGUGUGAUUUUAUGUAUGGACAGGAUUGCAUAUUAAAAUCCUUGUAAACCAUAGAGCUGGUCAGCCUGAUCCACUGGAAUGAUUUAGAGAGGCGUGGAUUGGGAACAAGCUGUUCCUUUGGUGGGUGACUGUCCAAGAAGGAGAGAAAGAGGAAAAUCUGAGAACCCCCGACCUGGAGGUGGAUUCAGCUGGACAUGGCACACCUUCAGAACGUUCGGAACCAGAAUUCUUGUUUGAAUCCUGAGGAAUACUUCACUAAAUUGGAACGAAUUGGUAAAGGCUCUUUUGGAGAGGUAUAUAAGGGAAUAAACAACCGCACAAAAGAGGUGGUGGCCAUUAAGAUUAUUGACUUGGAGGAAGCAGAGGAUGAGAUUGAAGACAUCCAGCAGGAAAUCACGGUUCUCAGCCAGUGUGACAGCCCUUAUGUGACCAAAUACUACGGCUCCUAUUUGACGGGCUCUAAACUAUGGAUAAUCAUGGAAUAUUUGGGAGGCGGGUCGGCUCUGGACCUGCUAAGGCCGGGACCUCUGGAAGAGGCAUAUAUUUCCACCAUUCUCAGAGAAAUACUAAAAGGACUCGACUAUCUCCACUCAGAGAGGAAGAUACACAGAGACAUCAAAGCGGCCAAUGUGUUACUCUCUGAACAUGGAGAAGUCAAACUGGCAGAUUUUGGAGUGGCCGGCCAGUUAACAGACACACAAAUUAAGAGAAACACAUUCGUAGGAACUCCAUUUUGGAUGGCACCAGAGGUCAUCAAACAGUCCGCAUAUGACUUUAAGGCUGACAUCUGGUCAUUGGGUAUCACAGCCAUCGAGCUGGCUAAAGGAGAGCCACCCAAUUCAGAACUUCACCCUAUGAGAGUCUUGUUCCUCAUUCCUAAAAAUAACCCACCUACACUGGAGGGGUCUUACAGCAAAGCCUUUAAGGACUUUGUUGAGGGUUGUCUCAAUAAAGAUCCACGAUUUAGACCGACAGCUAAAGAGCUUCUGAAACAUAAGUUCAUCACCCGCUACACCAAGAAAACCUCAUACCUGUCAGAGCUCAUUGAUCGAUACCGCCGCUGGAAGUCCGAGGGCCAUGGGGACGAAUCAAGCUCUGAUGACUCUGACAUGGAUGGGGAGGGGGAUGACAGAGACCCGUGUCCGACGUGGACUUUCCCCACUGUGCGGCCCACUUCCAUGAACAAGUUACAGAGAGGUUUCAAUCAUUUAGACAAUAAGACAUCAGAUGUUAUGAAGAGGCAGCCAAAGUCACCGUCUCUAACAACGCUCAUCACACCCAUCUUCAGAGAGCUGAAGGAGAAGCGGCGUGGUAGCAGCAGCAGCAGCAGCAGCGUAUGUGCCCUGGAGGAGCUGGAAAACGCAUUCAGCCUCGCGGAGGAAUCCAGCCCUGGAAUCUCAGACCGUUUACUCAAUAACGUUAUGGAGAGAGUCUGCAGUAUUUCAGGUCAUGGUGAUUCUAUGCUAUAAGAUAUGGUGCUGCACUGUGGCACUUGCAUGCGGUACUGAAUCUUCUGCAGGAGUGAACUCUGAGGCUUCCUGUGUCUCAACCCUGCAGGUUUACUCUUAACGGAAACGGCAUGCCUUCAAAACGAUGAGGUCCGUCUGACUGCUGGUCAGCUGAUUCCUUCAUGAGCCGGUCCUCUAUGCCCACCUGCUCCUUUUGCUGAACACCACCAGACUUUCCAUUACAGCUUGUAUUAUGAGAUGCUUGUAAAGUUUACUUUGUAGAAUUUUGAAAUGGCUAAAUGAAGUGUAAACUAUGACGAACCAAGAUUAUCUGUAUUCCAUUAAAUUGCAUUAAGUACAUUGACCUGUAAAUAAACUAAUAUAAAAGGUGUUUUUUUUCUUA